UUGCGUCGUCCUAGCUAACCUAUAUUUGGGCGGCGGCAGUUAGCUAGCUAGAUGUUCAACUUCGCAACUCGACAAGUUGAUGAACGGAUUGCACCAUUCUCAUCUGGCAACUGGCUGAUAGGAGUAGGAUAGUCACAGCCAGGCAUGAGGCCCAAUCGUUCAGCCUCUGUCUCGACGAUCGCAUCUUUUGCGUCAGCGCUCAGCGGGGAAUACGGGACUCCCCCCUUGACAUCGUCCUCGGAGUCAUACUUUUUACCUUCUACCGGAUCACCUCAACUAGGCACUUCCGAUGUGGAAGAUGAGGACGAGGCAUCUACUACAAGCGGACCAUCUACGCCUAGAGCUAAACCGAAUCUAUUAUUGGAUUCCUCGGUGUCUCCACCACCGACAUAUGCGGGAAAGGCCAAGGCCAAAGGUUCGUUCUGGAUCGCCAGUGACGAUGACGCAGAAGAUGAAGAGGUGUCGACCGGAACCGUGGCCGAGACUUGGACAGCUGGACCGGAGGAUGAGCAAUUCUUGGAGCGCCUAUCGGCCAGCUCGAGAGGAACGCUACACGGUAGCCCUGUCAUGGGCAUUGACGACCCUUUGCUGGAGCUAGGCAUAAGCCUGGACGAUGUUGCCAGUGAGGACGGAACCCUUCCUUCCGAUGACGAUGGAGACUUGCAAGAUGAAGAAUGGAACGAACUGGAGGAAGGCGAGCAUAUCCCUUUGACGAACGCUUCGAUACGCAUGGACGAGGAGUCGGCACCUCUGGGAGGACGGAAACGAAAGCGACGGAAAUGGAGAGAAGCGGAACAGGAAUUCGCUCGAGGAGGACACAAGGAGCUGUGGCAGCUCGUGCCACCUCAACUCCUGUCAUAUCCGCUGGCCUUUCUCCCCUUGAUCCCGCUGCUUCCGGCUUCUUUCCUGCCAGGCGGAGCUGCCGUCUUUAUCCCGGUCAUCGCUAUUAUCACCGGUUUGUCAGCUUGCGCACAUGUCGUCACUGUCUACCUUUCCAGAUAUCUGAAAGUAACAAAUUUCGAAGACAUCCUGCACAGGUCCGCUGGCAAACAUGGUCUGUGGGCGGGACGGGCUCUGCAGGUAGUCGGUAUCCUUUGUACAUGCAUAGGUUGGCUCAGAACGAUACACCCCAUCUGGCUCACCUUUAUUCGACCUCUAUCUUCAUCCAAUUUCUUGGCGUCAAGAUGGUUCGUCCUCAUCAUAUCUUCGUUCUUCAUGCUACCUCUGCCGUCCCGUGCCAAGCCCCAUACCGGAAUCUCAAUACUUCCAGAUCUCUUAAUUCUUCUCCUGCCCAUGGUCGUAUUUACCGUCAUCGGUCGAACGGUCGAAAUUUCGGCUCUGGAACAGUCAUCGCCGUAUGUACCGGAACAGCCACCCGCGCGGUACGGACCCUUCGGCAUGGAGAGCCUAAGUUCCGGGACAGCUCUUGUUACCAUCAUCCUGUUCAACACUCCCCAUGUCCAAACGCUACCUAUUCACGGCAGUCUUGUGAGGACCUCUAGGACGUGGUUCCCCUUACCUUGUCUGAUCGCGGCAGGCACGCUGCUAGUCAUGGUCUUGCCGUAUUCGCUUGUGCCGUACUACCUCUUCAACCUGCACGAGGAAGGCGUCGGUCUCUCGCGCGCUGGGAUCUUUGCCAUCAUGCAACGGCCCGAGGUGGAUGGAGCGCUCAACUUUGCGAGGCUGUGCAUGAUCGCUUUAACGUUGACGACAGCAAACCAAUGGGUCGCCCAGGCCAGAGCUGUCGGGCUACGAGCCCUCGGUGUGGAGCGCGAAGGCAGGGCCAAAGCGCAGAGGUGGCUCGGGUUCGCAGCAUGGAUUAUCAUCCUCGCAUUUGCCUGUAUCGGCGGGUGGGUAGCCGAUCAACUCGAAAUUAUCGGCGGCAUCUGCAUUCUCGCCAUCGGGUGGUUGGUGCCAGCCAUCCUAUUUGUGAAGAACUUCUACAUCUCGAGUCCCCUCGCCAUCGUCUUUCCCUCGAGCAGCCUAGGCGCACAAGCGAGCGUAGCAACGAGAAAUAUCGACGAGAGGUCCUCCUCGGUGGACAUACUCUUGGCAAGAAAGGAACGGGAGCUGCAGAAGAGAAGGACGGGAAGGAGGUUAUGGCAGGACCUGAUCGUGUUUAUUGGGAUCCUCCCCAUUGGUUUGUUCACGAUCGUUUGGUUGGUGUUACUGUUCUUAGGGGUAAAUAUAUAAUGAGGUCGCGCAUCUAAUAGAUAUGACAUGG